CUGACCAAAAAAACCUGACGUAACUUGACACAAAUCAAACAGUUAAUAUUUUCAUUUUAUUUUUUAAUAUUUAUCGCCCUUGGGGCUACUGCCAAUUCAUUGGAUCUGAACAUGAUCCAGGCCAUUCAGAUAAAAUUAAAAGUGAUUGGGUAGAUAUAGAAUUAUAGUGAUUAGAUUCUAUACCAAGUGAUAUAAGUCAGGUUAAAUGUGAAAGUAUUAGUGUGUAAUUUAAUAAAAAAUUGAUAUUAACAUUAAAUCAUGAUAAGCUUUAUGUCUUGUGGUCGUAUUUUUGGCAUCACCAAUAGAAAUAAGAAGAUUUUAACAAGAAGGACUUAUUCAACUUGUCAAAGGAUAUUUGCUCAUCAGAAUAUUUUUCCUGAUUAUAGACCAUCGUUAACAGUUGCUGGAAUUAGGUGUUGUAGUGGAAAUUCUAUUGACCGAGCCCAAACGAAAAAAAAUGUUCCUCAAGCAAAACCUGUUAUUACUCCAGUCAAAAACCCUCUCAUUGUUGAUGGAGUCACUGGAGGCAAACCAGGUCAACAAAAACGCAAUUGUUUUCAUCCUGGAGCAUCAAGUUUAAAUCGUGAAGAUUUAAAUUUCCAUGACAGUUCAUCCGUAACCAAUUCCGAAAUGAUAAAGGCUAUGCUAAGUUAUAUAUGGCCAAAAGAAGAACCUGAGAUACGGAAAAGAGUAAAACUUGCUGUUGGAUUAUUAGUUGGAUCAAAAGUGUUGAAUGUCACUGUACCAUUUUUAUUUAAGCAUGCAAUUGACCAUUUAAAUUCUGCUAGUGUUGCUGCUGGAGGUGAACCAUUGCUAGCCAUGAGUACUGCACCUGAAACAAUCACUACUGUAGGAACAUCACUGCUGAUAGGAUAUGGAAUAGCUCGUUGUGGUGCAGCAGGAUUCAACGAGUUAAGAAAUGCAGUAUUUGCAAAGGUUGCGCAAAAUUCAAUUCGUAAAAUUGCAAAAAAUGUUUUCCUACACCUCCACAACUUAGAUCUUAGCUUUCAUCUGAGCAGGCAGACUGGAGCUCUUUCGAAGAUGAUUGACCGAGGAAGUCGUGGUAUUAACUUUGUUCUAACAGCCAUGGUCUUUAACGUUGUUCCCACAAUAUUUGAGUUGGCACUGGUUAGCACUGUCUUGGGAAUCAAUUGUGGUCCAGAGUAUGCAGCUGUGGCUUUCGGAUGUGUAGGAGUUUAUGCAGCUUUUACGCUUGCGGUUACCCAGUGGAGAACAAAGUUUCGUGUUUACAUGAAUAAAGCAGAAAAUGAAGCUGGUAACAAAGCUGUUGAUUCACUUAUAAAUUAUGAAACAGUCAAGUAUUUUAAUAACGAGAAAUUCGAAGCUGAACGAUAUGACGAAUCAUUGAAAAAAUAUGAAGCCGCUUCAUUGAAGACAAGUACCAGUUUGGCAAUGCUUAAUUUUGGCCAAAAUAUUAUAUUCAGUGGUGCUUUGAGUUUAAUCAUGCUGAUGGCAGCAAAAAAUAUAGCCAGUGGAACAAUGACUGUUGGAGAUUUGGUGAUGGUAAAUGGAUUACUUUUCCAACUAUCAGUGCCAUUAGGAUUCUUAGGAUCUGUUUAUCGAGAAGUCAGACAAGCUCUGAUUGAUAUGCAGACAAUGUUUUCUUUAAUGAAUCGACCUCCUGCUAUUUCGAGUAUACAAAAUGCUGUGCCGUUAAUGAUUUCUCCAGCCAAAUCUGAUAUUAUGUUCGAUAGAGUUCACUUUCAUUAUAUUCCAGGAAAAACUAUUCUAGAUGACUUAUCACUUAAAAUACCCAGUGGGAAGAAAAUAGCAAUUGUAGGCGGAUCAGGAUCAGGGAAGACUACAAUAAUUAGAUUAUUGUACAGAUUUUUUGAACCACAAAGUGGAAGAGUUAUUAUCAAUGGUCAAAAUAUUCGUAAUGUAAAUUUAGAUGACUUAAGACGUGCAAUAGCAAUUGUUCCUCAGGAUUCUGUUUUAUUUCAUGAAACGAUAUUCUAUAAUUUACAUUAUGGAAACUUGAAUAGAUCUAAAGAGGAUGUUUAUGAAGCAGCACGAAUGGCAAACAUUCACGAUGCUAUUCUCAAAUGGCCUAAAGGCUACGACACGCCAGUUGGAGAAAGAGGAUUAAAAUUAAGUGGUGGAGAAAAGCAAAGGGUGGCAAUAGCUCGAGCAAUUUUAAAAAACAGUCCUAUCUUGAUAUUUGACGAAGCUACGUCAGCUUUAGACUCCAUCACGGAAAUGAAUAUCUUGGAUGCACUUCGUCAAGCAACAAUGGGGAGAACUUCUAUCGUGAUUGCUCAUCGUUUUUCGACAGUGCUAGACGCUGAUGAGAUUUUAGUUUUAGAUAAAGGACGUUUGGUUGAAAGUGGAACGCAUGAUGAAUUAUUGAAAAAAGAAAAUUCAGUUUACAAUAAAUUAUGGGAAGCUCAGCAUGUAGGAGUUAUAAAAAAUAAAAAAGAAAAUAUUACGGAAUCAAGUCAAUAAAUUAAAUUAUUUAUUCGCAUUUCUUUUAUGAUUCCGACAUUUGUGUAAAUAUGUUUAUAAAAAUAAUAAUAAUAUUUAUGAUCUUAUGAAUAAUAUAAAUAAAUAAAUCUAUUGUAAAAAUAUAAAA